AUGAUGUUAUCCGUGGCUGCUCUAGCAGCAUGUCUCUAUCUCCUCUACACUGUGAUAUCCAUUCUCCGGGUAUUGUACUACCAUCCCCUCAGCCACAUCCCGGGGCCGAGACUAUGGAUCGCCUUUCCCAUAUUCCGGCACCUCGCAUUGCUGCGCGGGAGACAAGAUAUCGAGCUCCGGGCCCUGCACCAGCAAUACGGCGAAGCCGUGCGCUUUGCACCCAAAGAGGUCUCCUUCAUCACCGCGCAAGCCUGGCGGGACAUCUACGGCCACGGCCACAAGCAACUGCCCAAGUUCCAGCACUCGGCCGCAAACCCGCGCGAUAUUAUCAGCGCAAAUGAUGCGGACCACUCGCGAUACCGCAAAGCGAUGUCUCAUGCCUUUUCCGCCAAGGGAUUGCAAGCGCAAGAGCCGAUAUUGAAAAAAUACGUUGAUAAACUGAUUGCUCGAUUAGAGCACGAAGCAACGUCCGAGGUGCCGGUCGAUAUGGUGAAGUGGUAUAAUCUGACCACGUUUGAUCUCAUUGGCGAUCUGGCGUUUGGACAGUCGUUUGGCGGGCUGGAGAAUUCCCAGUAUCACUUCUGGGUCUCGACCAUCUUCGAAUCCAUACGCGCAAUCCAGUUUGUGAAAGUCAAGGAUGUCUAUCCCAUGCUCUUUCAAUUCAUCAAACCGUUCAUGUCCCGCGAUCUAGCAAGCGCACGUCAGCGGCAGCAGGAUUACAGCAAAUCAGUGGUGCAAAAGCGGCUUGCGAACCCGGAGCCCUCCAAUCUUGUCGACUUCAUGGAUUCCAUGCUGCGCCAUCGUGGGGAGAAAGAUGGACUGAGUGAUGAAGAGUUGGUCGCCAAUUCCAGUAUCCUUGUCAUCGCGGGCAGCGAAACAACCGCCACUUUGCUAUCAGGCGUGACCUUCCUCCUCUUGAAGAACCCAGCCGCGAUGAAAAAAUUGACGCAUGAAGUGCGCACGGUCAUGCAAUCAGAAGAGGACAUUACUUUUGCAAACGCGACGGCAAAUCUCCCAUACAUGUUAGCCUGUCUUGAAGAAGCCUUCCGAAGGUAUCCCCCAGUAGCAACCGGUCUGCAACGAGUAACCACAUCACCCACCCUCAUUUCCGGCUACCAGAUCCCCCCCAACACCCGCGUCGCAGUCCACCAAUCCGCAGCCUACCACUCCCCCCUCAAUUUCCACCGCGUCACCCACUACCUCCCAGAACGCUGGCUGUCCUCCGCAAAAACCGAUCCCCACUCCCCCUUCUACCACGAUUCCCGCGACGUGCUGCAGCCCUUCUCCAUCGGCCCCCGUAACUGCAUCGGACGCAAUCUCGCCUACAACGAGAUGCGCGUCAUCCUCGCGCGCAUCAUCUGGCGCUUCGAUCUUGCAUUGUGUGUGGAAUCCCAGGCGUGGGAUGAUCAGAAAUCGUAUACGCUGUGGGAAAAGCCGCCGUUGAUGUGUAGGGUGACGCCGAGGGUAUUUUGA